GUUACCUGGAGGCCUGCAGUCACCUGCCAUCUGCUGUUUCAAUUGGCUGAUUCUCUCUUGAAGUAAUCGGAUAUGUUCACUCUUCCUCUCCUCUAAACUUGAGAGAGGAAUGUCUGGCAGCAGUAUAAGGACAAUAAUCACACGGAAACAGGAAAUAGGAUGAAUAGGAACAGACUAUACAGAAGUGUGACAAAGUGAGACUGAUGUUGGUGCCUCCGUCGCUAAAAAGGAUACUGAGGGAGAAAGCUCCAUCACCGAGCUCUCACUCUAACACAAGAUGAGGUCAGUACCGCCCUGUCUCACACUGACCUGGAGCAGAUGUGGGUGAGAGACCUGAGACCGCUGCUGGUUACCAGGUACCCAGGCUCUGCAGGCAGCCAGGCCGUACAGCAGCAUAUCAAAACAACCCUCAGUUCCCUCGGAGCAGGCUGGGAAGUGACGGAGGAUAAGUUUGUGUCACAAACACCCUAUGGACCCCUGCCUUUCACUAACCUAAUUGCCACCCUCAACCCAUCAGCCAAGCGCCGCCUGGUCCUGGCCUGUCACUACGACUCCAAGUACUACCCACCACAGUGGCACGGGAGGGAGUUCCAAGGCGCCACUGAUUCUGCCGUUCCCUGUGCCAUGAUGUUGGAGCUGGCCCGAGCCCUGGAUGAAGAACUGAAAGCUCAGAAGAUUUCCAGUCCCAACCUGACCUUGCAGUUGGUCUUCUUUGACGGAGAGGAGGCUCUUUUCCAGUGGACGUCCACAGACUCCCUGUAUGGCUCUCGCCACCUUGCCCAGAAGAUGGAGACCACCCCACACCCCGCCGGAGCCACAGACACCAACCAACUACACGGCAUAGAUCUGUUUGUGUUGUUGGACCUGAUCGGGGCUCCUAGUCCACACUUCGGCAGCCAGUUCCCCAGCACAAUGCACUGGCUCUCCAGGCUGCAGAGCAUUGAAAAGCGUUUACACUCCAUGAACCAGCUUGUGGAUCAUCCUAACAACGUGCAAUAUUUCUGGCCAGAUCGACCUGUCGGACAUAUAGAAGAUGAUCAUAUACCAUUCCUAAACAGAGGUGUACGUAUCCUCCACCUCAUCCCCUCCCCCUUCCCGUCCGUGUGGCACACGUUUGAUGACAACGAGCAGAACCUGGAUCGCUCCACCAUUCAGAACCUCAACAAGAUCCUGCAGGUUUUUGUUCUGGAGUACCUCAACGCCAGACCCACCAUCCCUUCAACCCCACAGAAUGCACCGUAAAAAGAAAUGCCAGCAUAUUGUUCAACAGCUUUCUUUCUUUCUUUUGAUGUUUCACUGUUAAGAUCUUCAGUUGUUAUUCUAUAGUGAGACUGAGAGAAAAGACUAUAUUUAUUUCUGUUUGAACACCAACGUGUACUCCUUGACCUUAUAAUUGAGAUGUAAGUUUGAGACUCAACCUUGCACAUCAGAAGGGUGGCAAAUUCACAAGAGAUUUUGCAUAGAGUUUAGGGAGAUAUAUAAUGUCAUACACGGUGCAUUUUGCAUCUUUAUUUUGAAAAUCUUUGUAAAAACAUAUUUUGGCUGAUGUAAUUGCGACAUGUAUUUUUUUUCCAAAUUGGUUCAUAAGAGACUUCAAGACUCUGAAGCUUCGUCUUCCCUUUAAGGCCAAAAUCCCCAGCAACAAGAUCAGCACACAGGAUCUUCUGUGUGUUUUUUACUACACUGCUUUCUUUAUAUCAACCCCUCCUUUACACUGUGAAGAGGCAUUUUAAAGAGGAGCAAAAAAAGUAUAGUGCAGAGGUAAAAAUAAUAAGUGUGAGCAGUUAAAAUUAUAUGAUACCCUUUAUUUUACAAAUUUCCCUGGCAACAUUGAACUACAUGAAUGCAUUGCAAGUCCAAAGUUGUUAAUAAUUUCAUUAUUAGUUGCUUUGGGGUAGCCUGAAAACAUAUUAUCAUCAUCAUGAAAUAAUGUCCUGAAUCCUUGAUAUGUUAUAUUGUUUGAUAGAUAUACAAUAUAGCCACCCACAUGACACAUGUGAGACAGUGUCACACUGUGUUUUAGCUACGGUGUAUGUGACAUUUCCUCAGCGAUAGUAAAUCUGUUCAGCGUUAACAGAGCAGACCUGCAAGUGGCAGGAAGUGGGUUUAUUUCUAUUAUAACAACAUCUUUAGCCCUUCAUAUCCUGUCAUCUUAGAAAGUGAAGUGGAUAACUUCCUGUGCUGAUGUUUCAUGUGCCUGCCUUUGUUUAUAUGACAUUAGUAGCCUGAUUUUUUUAUGUAGAUCCCAGAAUAAUAUACAGUGCCAAAUCUGGACUUCCUGUCUUUUGAGGGUGAAAUAAAUGUUGAUUCAGAAUACAAGGGA